AUGGACCUGAGCUUUGGUCCAUGGCUGUUGGAGGAGAACAUCUGCACUUUUGUCAAGAACGAACUGAAGAAGUUCCACCGGGUUCUGAGUACAGAUUACCCAGAAUGCUUGGAGAGUCUGAAGGAUGAGGAUGAAGAGCAGAGGAGGAGCUCAGAGGCUUUUCUGAAGAUCACACUGAACUUUCUGAGGAGGCUGAAGCACGAGGAGCUGGCUGAGCGUCUGCACCGCAGUAAGACCAUUCUAGUUUGUCAGCGGAAACUGAAACAUAAUCUGCAGCAGAAGUUUGAGUGUGUGUUUGAGGGCAUCGCUAAAGCAGGAAACCCCAAAACCCUCCUGAACCAGAUCUACACAGAGCUCUACAUCACAGAGGGAGGGGCUAUGGAAGUCAACCAGGACCAUGAGGUCAGACAGAUUGAAACAGCAUCCAGGAACCCACACAGACCACCAACAACCAUCACAUGUGAAGACAUCUUUAAAACACCACCUGACAGAGAUCAGCCAAUCAGAACAGUGCUGACAAAGGGCGUGGCCGGCAUCGGGAAAACAGUCUCCACACAGAAGUUCAGUCUGGACUGGGCUGAAGACAAAGCCAACCAGGACAUCCACUUCAUAUUUCCAUUCACCUUCAGAGAGCUGAAUGUGCUGAAACAGAAGAAGUUCAGCUUGGUGGAACUGGUUCAUCACUUCUUCACUGAAACCAAAGAAGCAGGAAUCUGGAUCUUUGAAGACCUCCAGGUGGUGUUCAUCUUAGACGGUCUGGAUGAGUGUCGACCUCCUCUGGACUUCAACAACACUCAGAUCCUGACUGAUGUGACAGAGUCCACCUCAGUGGAUGUGCUGCUGAUGAACCUCAUCAGGGGGAACCUGCUUCCCUCUGCUCGCCUCUGGAUAACCACACGACCUGCAGCAGCCAAUCAGAUCCCUGCUCAGUGUGUCGACAUGGUGACAGAGGUCAGAGGGUUCACUGACCCACAGAAGGAGGAGUACUUCAGGAAGAGGUUCACAGAUGAAGAACAGACCAACACAAUCAUCUCCCACAUCAAGACGUCACGAAGCGUCCACAUCAUGUGUCACAUCCCAGUCUUCUGCUGGAUCACUGCUACAGUUCUGGAGGACGUGUUGAAAACCACAGACAGAAGACAACUGCCCAAGACCCUGACUGAGAUGUACAUCCACUUCCUGGUGGUUCAGGCCAAAGUCAAGAACAUCAAGUAUGAUGGAAGAUCUGAGACAGAUCCACACUGGAGUCCAAAGACCAAGAAGAUGAUUGAGUCUCUGGGAAAACUGGCUUUUGAGCAGCUGAAGAAAGGAAACCUUAUCUUCUAUGAAUCAGACCUGACAGAGUGUGGCAUCAAUAUCAGCUCAGCCUCAGUGUACUCAGGAGUGUUCACAGAGGUCUUCAAAGAGGAGAGAGGACUGUACCAGGACAAGAGGUUCUGCUUCAUCCAUCUGAGUGUCCAGGAGUUUCUGGCUGCUCUUCAUGUCCAUCAGACCUUCAUCAACACUGGAGUCAAUCUGCUGUCAGGACAAACAUGUGUUCGGUCUAAACUAUCAAAGGACAAAUCCGUCCAGUUGUACCAGACUGCUGUGGACCAGGCCUUACAGAGUCCCAAUGGGCACCUGGACCUGUUCCUCCGCUUCCUCCUGGGUCUAUCACUGCCGACCAAUCAGAGUCUCCUACAAAGUCUGGUGAAACCAACAGGAAGCAGCUCAAAGACCUACCAGAAAACUGUUGAGUACAUCAAAGACAAGAUCAGUGAGAAUGUGUCUGCAGAGAGAAGCAUCAACCUGUUCCACUGUCUGAAUGAACUGGAUGAUGAAUCACUGGUGGACCAGAUCCAACAGUACCUGAGAUCAGGACGUCUGUCCACAGAACAACUGUCUCCUGCUCAGUGGUCAGCUCUGGCCUUCAUCUUACUGUCAUCAGAAAAAGACCUGGAAACGUUUGACCUGAAGAAAUACUCUGCUUCAGAGGAGGUUCUUCUGAGGCUGCUGCCAGUGAUCAAAGCCUCCAACAAAGCUCUAUUGUCAGGAUGUCUGAUCACAGAGGAAGGAUGCUCUUCUCUGGUCUCAGCCCUAAAGUCCGAUCCGUCCCAUCUCAGACAGCUAGACCUCAGCUGCAACCAUCUAGGAGACUCAGGACAGGAGCUGUCUGCUCUACUGGAGGAUCCACGCUUCAGAUUGGACACUCUCAGAUUGUCAGGAUGUCUGAUCACAGAAGAAGGAUGUUCUCCUCUGGUCUCAGCCCUAAAGUCCAAUCCGUCCCAUCUCAGACAGCUAGACCUGAGCUACAACCAUCCAGGAGACCCAGGACAGGAGCUGUCUGCUCUACUGGAGGAUCCACACUUCAGACUGGACACUCUCAGACUGUCAGGAUGUCUGAUCACAGAAGAAGGAUGUUCUUCUCUGGUCUCAGCCCUAAAGUCCAAUCCGUCCCAUCUCAGACACCUGGAUCUGAGUAACAAUAACCUGAAGGAUUCAGGAGUGAAGAUACUGUCAGAUGGACUAAAGAGUCCAGGAUGCAGACUGGACACUCUCAGAUUGUCAGGAUGUCUGAUCACAGAGGAAGGAUGUUCUCCUCUGGUCUCAGCCCUAAAGUCCAAUCCGUCCCAUCUCAGACAGCUAGACCUCAGCUGCAACAGUCUAGGAGACCCAGGACAGGAGCUGUCUGCCCUACUGGAGGAUCCACACUUCAGACUGGACACUCUCAGGUUGGACCCCGAUGGAGUCCAGUGGUUGACACCAGGUCCAGGGAAGUAUUUCCGUGACGACACUGGAUCCAAACACAAUGUUGCGUUCACACACCCGUACCGCGGCCCGUACCUGAGUACAGGGUCCACCAGACCCGGUGGAGGAAACCAGGGGUCCGGUCCAGAGUCCGGGUCAGAGCCCGGUCCAGAACCAGGUCAGAGCCGGGUUCAGAACCAGGUCAGAGCCGGGUUCAGAUACGGUUCAGAUACGGUUCGGAGUCCUGUUCGCAGUCAGAUGAAGAGAAAAGAACCCAAACGAAGAACGGAAAGCACCACGAAGAGGAACCGGACCGAACCACGGCCCGCGAAGCCGCUUCAUUGCGUCCUUGAUAGAAAAAUAAAAAGGAUCCACAACGUUUCAUGUUUGUUUCUACACGAGUACGUGUCGAGUUUCACACGUGAAGGAUUGAGACUCGACCGGCAUCACGUCUCCGAUCACGGAACCCGGAUUCAGAACCGACGGAAAAUGCACCGACAGGUUCUAGACGGGUCCAUCGGGUUCUAG